AUGGCAUUAGCGCAUGAGGGACACCCGGGCCAGGAAGCCUUUCAAGAUUCCCUCCGGCAGAGAGUUUGGUGGCAGGGCUCACCAAGGACGCUAGUCUGUAUGUGUAACGUUGCUCCGAGUGUUGGCGAUGUCGCACAAACAGUCCGUAAGAUCUUCUCCCCACUGCGAUUGAAGGCGUGUGGGAAAAAGCUGGCAAUCGACCUGGUAUCUAUUGAGGGCCACUCUGUUCUCUCGCUCAUUGAUUAUGGCUCCCGGUACCCCAUCCUCAAGGUUCUGUCCUCUACAACCACUACAGCUAUCGUGGACGAGCUAGAUGAAGUGUUUGCCCUAUUCGGUCUACCGUCUGUACUGGUUUCGGAUAACGGGCCACAGUUUGUGUCGGAGCAGAUUACCACUUUCUUGCAGCGGCUGGGCAUUCGUCGCAUCCGCUCCAGGCCACGUUAUCCACGUUCCAAUGGCAUUGUGAAAUGA